AUGGCUCGAUGUUGUAUUGAAGAAGUUAUACACUACUGCGUGGCCGAAUAUGCAGACCCAGAACCUGGCUCUUCCAGUAUCCUCAAAGGUGCCGAAUCCAAUAGAGAGAGGAAGCGGGUGCCGUUGAACAUCCAAGUUCUCAUUGACCUUCAUGCAAACUUCGGCUCAUCUCUUAGACCAAAUGACCAACCACCGCCACUAUCGGACGCGAGCAGGUGUCAUUUUCCACACUCUGCGCCUUAUCUUGCCAUCAAGGCAUCCGAUCUGCGUGCGUCAUCCAACCACAGUUCCUCCGAGACAUCUUCCACGACUACCGCCAACCAAAGUUCAAGUCAUGAGACCCAUCCAAUUGCAACAGAACCCCGUGCAGGCUCAUCAAGUAACUCUUUUACGAAUGGGAGUGACUUGGGCAUUGAAAUGGACUUCUUUGCCGCCAUUUCGGAUCUGGAUAGUUGGUCUUCGUCCUUGAUCUCGGACCCUGACAUUUUUCAACCAGAUCUCGAGAAUCCAAAGCCUGGCUAUGAUUUAACAACGGAGCCGGUCAAUAUUUCUAACUCCACUGGAUCCACUGGAUCCACUGGAGGGCUUGAUGUCCAUGUUUAA